CUGACAAGAUCUUUAAAGGUUCCCCCCUUGAGUUUCUAUUUUCUUCUUCUUUACUUUAUUAAAAACACUAAAAAAAAUGGCUCAAAAGAUUGCUAUCCUUUCCGUCUACGAUAAGACUGGUUUACUUGACUUUGCCAAGGAACUUCAUGCUUUAAACGUUCGUUUGCUCGGUUCAGGUGGAACUGCUAAACUCGUUCGUGAAGCUGGUAUCCCUAUUGGUGAUGUCUCAGAGAUUACCAAAGCUCCUGAAAUGUUGGGUGGUCGUGUCAAGACCUUGCACCCUGCUGUUCACGGUGGUAUCUUGGCCCGUAACAUCGAGAGUGACGAAAAGGAUCUUGCUGAACAACACAUUGAAAAGAUUGAUAUUGUUGUCUGUAACCUCUAUCCUUUCAAGGAGACCAUUGCUCAACCUGAUGUGACUAUUCCUCAAGCUGUUGAAGAGAUUGAUAUUGGUGGUGUUACUUUGCUUCGUGCUGCUGCCAAGAAUCACGCUCGUGUUUCUAUUGUUUCUGAUCCUAUUGAUUACUCCAAGAUCAUUGAAGAGCUCAAGUCUGGUGAAAUCACCCAAGAGACUCGUAACUCUCUUGCAUUAAAGGCUUUCAACCAAACUUCCGACUAUGAUAGUGCUAUUUCUGAUUACUUCCGUCACCAAUAUGCCAAGGGAGAAGCCAUGAUGCCUCUUCGUUAUGGUGCCAACCCUCACCAAGCCCCUGCCCAAAUCUUCAUCAAGGAUGGUAAGUUACCUGUCAAGGUCUUGAGUGGAUCUCCUGGUUACAUCAACUUUUUGGAUGCCUUGAACUCUUGGGCUUUGGUAAAGGAAUUGAAGGAAGCCACCGGUGUUGCUGCUGCUGCCUCUUUCAAGCAUGUUUCCCCCGCUGGUGCUGCUAUUGGUCUUCCCUUAAACGAAGUUGACCAAAAAGUUUACCAAGUAGAUGACUUGAAGGUUCCCUUGACCCCUCUUGCCAAUGCCUAUGCUCGUGCUCGUGGUGCUGAUCGUAUGUCAUCUUUUGGUGAUUUCAUUGCCUUGUCUGAUAAGGUGGAUGUUGCUACUGCCAAGAUUAUUAACCGUGAGGUUUCUGAUGGUGUGAUUGCCCCUGGUUAUGAUGAAGAGGCUCUUGAGAUUUUGCAAAAGAAGAAGGGAGGUAAAUAUUGUGUUCUUCAAAUGGAUCCCAGUUAUGUCCCUGAACAACAAGAAAUCAGACAAGUCUAUGGUUUAUACUUGGAGCAAAAGAGAAAUAACUGCAAGAUUGAUGCUUCUCUCUUUACCAACGUUGUUACCAAGAACAAGAACUUGCCUACUGAGGCUGUCAACGAUUUAAUUGUUGCUACUAUUGCUCUCAAGUAUACCCAAUCUAACUCAGUUUGUUAUGCCAAGAACGGUAUGGUGAUUGGUCUUGGUGCUGGACAACAAUCUCGUAUUCAUUGUACUCGUCUUGCUGGUGAUAAGGCUGAUAACUGGUGGAUGCGUCAUCAUCCCAAGGUGCUUGCAUUUGACUUUAAGAAGGGUACAAAGCGUGCUGAUAAGUCCAAUGCCAUUGAUCUCUUUGUGACCAACCAAACUGGUGAAGGUGUUGAACUUGAAGCCUGGAAAUCUAACUUUAACACAGUGCCUACACUCUUCACUGCUGAAGAACGUAAGGAAUGGAUGGAUAAGCUUACAGAUACUGUUUGUGCUUCUGAUGCUUUCUUCCCCUUCUCUGAUAACAUUUACCGUGCUCAUCGUUCCGGUGCCAAGUAUGUUGCUGCUGCCUCUGGAUCUGUUCAAGAUGCUGUAGUCAUUGAAGCUGCCGAUAACAAUGACAUGGUUCUUGUUCAUACCAACUUGAGACUUUUCCAUCAUUAAGUAACCAACCCAACCAAAAAAAAUGUAUUAUAAAAUUUCAAAAAGCGACCCGCUUUAAAUAAAAAAAAAAUCGUGUGUGUGAGCUAAAAAAAAAAAAAAAGAAAGGCACGCGGUC